AUGGGGGCGUCCGAAUCUGUGCCGGAGACCUCCGUGCACGAAUUCACCGUUAAGCAGGAUUGCAACGGCAAGGAGGUGUGCCUGGACACGUACAAGGGGAAGGUCCUCCUCAUCGUCAACGUCGCCUCCAAAUGCGGGUUCACGGAGACUAAUUACACGCAACUGACGGAGCUUUAUCAGAAGUACAGGGAGAAAGACUUUGAGAUAUUAGCAUUCCCCUGCAACCAGUUUUUGCGACAAGAGCCAGGCAGUGACCAGCAGAUCCAAGACUUUGCAUGCACAAGAUUCAAAGCUGAAUAUCCAGUUUUUCAGAAGGUGCGUGUAAAUGGCCCAGAUGCUGCGCCGCUUUAUAAGUUUUUGAAAGCUAGCAAACCUGGUUUGUUUGGUUCAAGAAUCAAGUGGAACUUUACCAAGUUUCUUGUUGACAAGAAUGGGAAAGUAAUCAACAGAUACGCAACUGCUACCACUCCAUUUUCAUUCGAGAAAGACAUCCAGAAGGCACUUGAGGAGGAACCCUCCGAGUCGCAGACAAAAAAGGAGGAAUCUUCUGACUCGCAGAAGUAG